CGUUCGCAGUUUUUACCGCUCGUUUUUCAGAAAGCAACUAUUUGGGUUAGAGCGCAAAACUAAGAACAAAAAGUUAAUAUUUCUCAAAAAAUAACGAUCGAAAGUUAUUAAAAGGUAACGCUACUGUGGAAGUGAACGCAUCUAUAUAUGUCCACUGAUAAUAAUAGAACCGUUUUGACUUCAUGUGUUAAAUGCGGUGAAAAUGCCAAUUAUGUGUGUGAGAAUUGCCAUGAUUUUUAUUGCUCUAAGGUGUGCCAGAGGCAAGAUUGGGACAGCCAUCGCGAUAUAUGUGAGAGAAUUCCUAAUCUAGUGCCAAAUGUAGAAAAUAAAAAGUUACAAAAAAGUUCAAAUGAUGAACAGGGUGAAAAAUUAGUAGCUAAUUAUUUUGAACUUAAACAAAUCAGGGUGAAUAAAGAUGAUACCAAAGCACAACAAAACAGUGAUCACCAAGCAUCUGAUAACUAUUCUGAUUUAGGAUCCUUUAGCAAUUUUCAACAACGUGUACAUGAGAACCCAAAACCUGUCGACAGUAACACUAAGUAUUGUCAGAGUCAACAAUAUUAUACUAACAAUAAUGUACCACAACGUCCUAGUCAUUCCACUAAUACAGUUCCACAAUACACAUGUGGAGAUACGCAGAAAGGAUUAAUCGUUGGUAGCCAUUCUCAGCAGCAUAAUUCUGAGAGUGCAAUAAUGAAAAAUCAGUACCAUGGUAUGGGAAGCAUAAGAAAUAAUGACUCUGGCGAACCAAAGUUUAAUGAUGGUGGACAAAAUCAACUGAAUUGUAAUAUGAUGCGAUAUAGUGAAAGUGAUAAUGAAGGACAAAAAAGUCAACGUCAACAUACAAGUACGAGUGUGCAAGAAUAUCUUCAAUCAAUGCGUGGCUAUGAUAGUAAUCAACAACCAAAUUACGGAAGUCAAGUAGAUAAAUGCGAUGAUCAGCAGCACCGUAAUUCCGUUGGGCAACAACAACAGCCUAACCACGGCAGCCUACAAGUUCAAAAUAAAAUAGUGGUUGAUCAGAAUUCAAAUUUUGAUUCUCCAGAAACUACUAAUGAUUGCCGCAGUGUCAAUGAAGACCACCAACGUCAGAAUCAAUCGACAAAUGGUAUUAACAAUCGUAGUCGAAUUAAUCAAUUUAGUGACGUUCAAAAAAGAUUAAUGGUUUGUAGUCAUUCUCAGCAGCAUAAUUCUGAGAGUGCAAUAAUGAAAAAUCAGUACCAUGGUAUGGGAAGCUUACGAAAUAAUGACUCUGGCGAACCAAAGUUUAAUAAGGGUGACCAAAAUCAACUGAAUUGCGGUGGGACACGAGAUCGUGAAACUGAUAAUAAAGGACAAGAAAGUCAACGUCAACAUAAAGAUAUGGGUGUACAAGAAUCUCUUCAAUCAAGACGUGGCUAUGAUAGUAAUCAACAACAAAGUUACGGAAGUGAACUAUACAAAUGCGAUGAUCAGCAGCACCGUAAUUCCGUUGGGCAACAAAUACAGCCUAACCACAGCAGCCUACAAGAUCAAAAUAAAGUAGUGGUUGAUCAGAAUUUAAAUUUUGAUUCUCCAGAAACUAACAAUGAUUGCCGUAGUAUUAAAAAAGACCACCAACGUCAGAAUCAAUCGACAAAUGGUAUGAACAAUCGUAAUCGAAUUAAUCAAUUUAGUGACGUUCAAAACGGAUUAAUGGUUUGUAGUCAUUCUCAGCAGCAUAAUUCUGAGAGAGCAACAAUGAAAAAUCAGUACCAUGGUAUGGGAAGUUUAAGAAAUAAUGACUCUGGCGAACCAAAGUUUAAUAAGGGUGACCAAAAUCAACUGAAUUGCGGUGGGACACGAGAUCGUGAAACUGAUAAUAAAGGACAAGAAAGUCAACGUCAACAUAAAGGUAUGGGUGUACAAGAAUCUCUUCAAUCAAGACAUGGCUAUGAUACAAAUCAACAACAAAGUUACGGAAGUCAAGUAGACAAAUGCGAUGAUCACCAGCUCCGUAAUUCCGUUGGGCAACAAAUACAGCCUAACCACAGCAGCCUACAAGAUCAAAAUAAAGUAGUGGUUGAUCAGAAUUUAAAUUUUGAUUCUCCAGAAACUAACAAUGAUUGCCGUAGUAUUAAAAAAGACCACCAACCUCAGAAUCAAUCGACAAAUGGUAUGAACAAUCGUAAUCGAAUUAAUCAAUUUAGUGACGUUCAAAAAAGAUUAAUGGUUUAUAGUCAUUCUCAGCAGCAUAAUUCUGAGAGUGCAAUAAUGAAAAAUCAGUACCAUGGUAUGGGAAGCUUAAGAAAUAAUGACUCUGGCGAACCAAAGUUUAAUAAGGGUGACCAAAAUCAGAUGAAUUGCGGUGGGACACGAUAUCGUGAAAAUGAUAAUAAAGGACAAGAAAUUCAACGUCAACAUAAAGGUAUGGGUGUACAAGAAUAUCUUCAAUCAAGACGUGGCUAUGGUAGUAACCAACAACAAAAUUACGGAAGUCAACUAGAUAAAUGCGAUGAUCAGCAGUACUGUAAUUCCGUUGGGCAACAACAACAGCCUAACCACAGCAGCCUACAAGAUCAAAAUAAAAUAGUGGUUGAUCAGAAUUUGAAUCUUGAUUCUUCAGAAACUAAUAAUGAUUGCCGUAGUAUUAAAAAAGACCAUCAACGUCAGAAUCAAUCGACAAAUGGUAUGAACAAUCGCAAUCGAAUUAAUCAAUUUAGUGACGUUCAAAACGGAUUAAUGGUUUCUAGUCAUUCUCAGCAGUAUAAUUCUGAGAGUGCAACAAUGAAAAAUCAGUACCAUGGUAUGGGAAGCUUAAGAAAUAAUGACUCUGGCGAACCAAAGUUUAAUAAGGCUGACCAAAAUCAACUGAAUUGUGAUGGGAUACGAUAUCGUGAAAAUGAUAAUGAAGGACAAAAAAGUCAACGUCAACAUACAAGUACGAGUGUGCAAGAAUAUCUUCAAUCGAGGCGUGGCUAUGAUAGUAAUCAACAACAAAAUUACGGAAGUCAAAUAGACAAAUGCGAUGAUCAGCAGCUCCGUAAUUCCGUUGGUCAACAAAUACAGCCUAACCACAGCAGCCUACAAGAUCAAAUUAAAAUAGUGGCUGACCAGAAUCAACAACAAAGUUACGAAAGUCAACUAGAUAAAUGCGAUGAUCAGCAGUACUGUAAUUCCGUUGGUCAACAACAACAGCCUAACCACAGCAGCCUACAAGAUCAAAAUAAAGUAGUGGUUGAUCAGAAUUUGAAUCUUGAUUCUUCAGAAACUAAUAAUGAUUGCCGUAGUAUUAAAAAAGACCACCAACGUCAGAAUCAAUCGACAAAUGGUAUUAACAAUCGCAAUCGAAUUAAUCAAUUUAGUGACGUUCAAAACGGAUUAAUGGUUUGUAGUCACUCUCAGCAGCAUAAUUCUGAGAGUGCAAUAAUGAAAAAUCAGUACCAUGGUAUGGAAAGCUUACGAAAUAAUGACUCUGGCGAACCAAAGUUUAAUAAGGGUGACCAAAAUCAACCGAAUUGCGGUGGGACACGAGAUCGUGAAAAUGAUAAUAAAGGACAAGAAAGUCAACGUCAACAUAAAGGUAUGGGUGUACAAGAAUCUCUUCAAUCAAGACAUGGCUAUGAUAGUAAUCAACAACAAAGUUACGGAAGUCAAGUAGACAAAUGCGAUGAUCAGCAGCACCGUAAUUCCGUUGGGCAACAAAAACAGCCUAACCACAGCAGCCUACAAGAUCAAAUUAAAAUAGUGGCUGACCAGAAUCAACAACAAAGCUACGGAAGUCAGCUUGAUAAAUGCGACGAUCAGCAGCACCGUAAUUCCGUUGGGCAACAACAACAGCCUAACCGCAGCAGCCAACAAGAUCAAAAUAAAAUAGUGGUUAAUCAGAAUUUAAAUUUUGAUUCUCCAGAAACUAACAAUGAUUGCCGUAGUAUUAAAAAAGACCACCAACCUCAGAAUCAAUCGACAAAUGGUAUGAACAAUCGCAAACGAAUUAAUCAAUUUAGUGACGUUCAAAAAAGAUUAAUGGUUUAUAGUCAUUCUCAGCAGCAUAAUUCUGAGAGUGCAACAAUGAAAAAUCAGUACCAUGGUAUGGGAAGCUUAAGAAAUAAUGACUCUGGCGAACCAAAGUUUAAUAAGGCUGACCAAAAUCAACUGAAUUGUGAUGGGAUACGAUAUCGUGAAAAUGAUAAUGAAGGACAAAAAAGUCAACGUCAACAUACAAGUACGAGUGUGCAAGAAUAUCUUCAAUCAAGGCGUGGCUAUGAUAGUAAUCAACAACAAAAUUACGGAAGUCAAAUAGACAAAUGCGAUGAUCACCAGCACCGUAAUUCCGUUGGGCAACAAAAACAGCCUAACCACAGCAGCCUACAAGAUCAAAUUAAAAUAGUGGCUGACCAGAAUCAACAACAAAGCUACGGAAGUCAGCUUGAUAAAUGCGACGAUCAGCAGCACCGUAAUUCCGUUGGGCAACAACAACAGCCUAACCGCAGCAGCCAACAAGAUCAAAAUAAAGUAGUGGUUAAUCAGAAUUUAAAUUUUGAUUCUCCAGAAACUAACAAUGAUUGCCGUAGUAUUAAAAAAGACCACCAACGUCAGAAUCAAUCGACAAAUGGUAUGAACAAUCGUAAUCGAAUUAAUCAAUUUAGUGACGUUCAAAAAAGAUUAAUGGUUUAUAGUCAUUCUCAGCAGCAUAAUUCUGAGAGUGCAACAAUGAAAAAUCAGUACCAUGGUAUGGGAAGCUUAAGAAAUAAUGACUCUGGCGAACCAAAGUUUAAUAAGGCUGACCAAAAUCAACUGAAUUGUGAUGGGAUACGAUAUCGUGAAAAUGAUAAUGAAGGACAAAAAAGUCAACGUCAACAUACAAGUACGAGUGUGCAAGAAUAUCUUCAAUCAAGGCGUGGCUAUGAUAGUAAUCAACAACAAAAUUACGGAAGUCAAAUAGACAAAUGCGAUGAUCACCAGCACCGUAAUUCCGUUGGGCAACAACAACAGCCUAACCACAGCAGCCUACAAGAUCAAAUUAAAAUAGUGGCUGACCAGAAUCAACAACAAAGCUACGGAAGUCAGCUUGAUAAAUGCGACGAUCAGCAGCACCGUAAUUCCGUUGGGCAACAACAACAGCCUAACCGCAGCAGCCAACAAGAUCAAAAUAAAGUAGUGGUUAAUCAGAAUUUAAAUUUUGAUUCUCCAGAAACUAACAAUGAUUGCCGUAGUAUUAAAAAAGACCACCAACCUCAGAAUCAAUCGACAAAUGGUAUUAACAAUCGUAAUCGAAUUAAUCAAUUUAGUGACGUUCAAAAAAGAUUAAUGGUUUAUAGUCAUUCUCAGCAGCAUAAUUCUGAGAGUGCAAUAAUGAAAAAUCAGUACCAUGGUAUGGGAAGCUUAAGAAAUAAUGACUCUGGCGAACCAAAGUUUAAUAAGGGUGGCCAAAAUGAGCUGAAUUGUAAUAGGACACAAUAUCGUGAAAAUGAUAAUGAAGGACAAAAAAGUCAACGUCAACAUAAAAGUAUGAGUGUGCAAGAAUAUCUUCAAUCAAGACGUGGCUAUGGUAGUAACCAACAACAAAGUUACGGAAGUCAAGUAGACAAAUGCGAUGAUCACCAGCUCCGUAAUUCCGUUGGGCAACAAAUACAGCCUAACCACAGCAGCCUACAAGAUCAAAAUAAAAUAGUGGUUGAUCAGAAUUUAAAUUUUGAUUCUCCAGAAACUAACAAUGAUUGCCGUAGUAUUAAAAAAGACCACCAACCUCAGAAUCAAUCGACAAAUGGUAUGAACAAUCGCAAACGAAUUAAUCAAUUUAGUGACGUUCAAAAAAGAUUAAUGGUUUAUAGUCAUUCUCAGCAGCAUAAUUCUGAGAGUGCAACAAUGAAAAAUCAGUACCAUGGUAUGGGAAGCUUAAGAAAUAAUGACUCUGGCGAACCAAAGUUUAAUAAGGCUGACCAAAAUCAACUGAAUUGUGAUGGGAUACGAUAUCGUGAAAAUGAUAAUGAAGGACAAAAAAGUCAACGUCAACAUACAAGUACGAGUGUGCAAGAAUAUCUUCAAUCAAGGCGUGGCUAUGAUAGUAAUCAACAACAAAAUUACGGAAGUCAAAUAGACAAAUGCGAUGAUCAGCAGCUCCGUAAUUCCGUUGGUCAACAAAUACAGCCUAACCACAGCAGCCUACAAGAUCAAAUUAAAAUAGUGGCUGACCAGAAUCAACAACAAAGCUACGGAAGUCAGCUUGAUAAAUGCGACGAUCAGCAGCACCGUAAUUCCGUUGGGCAACAACAACAGCCUAACCGCAGCAGCCAACAAGAUCAAAAUAAAGUAGUGGUUAAUCAGAAUUUAAAUUUUGAUUCUUCAGAAACUAACAAUGAUUGCCGUAGUAUUAAAAAAGACCACCAACCUCAGAAUCAAUCGACAAAUGGUAUUAACAAUCGCAAUCGAAUUAAUCAAUUUAGUGACGUUCAAAACGGAUUAAUGGUUUGUAGUCAUUCUCAGCAGCAUAAUUCUGAGAGUGCAACACUGAAAAAUCAGUACCAUGGUAUGGGAAGCUUAAGAAAUAAUGACUCUGGCGAACCAAAGUUUAAUAAGGGUGACCAAAAUCAACUGAAUUGCGGUGGGACACGAGAUCGUGAAAAUGAUAAUAAAGGACAAAAAAGUCAACGUCAACAUAAAGGUAUGGGUGUACAAGAAUCUCUUCAAUCAAGACAUGGCUAUGAUAGCAAUCAACAACAAAAUUACGGAAGUCAAGUAGACAAAUGCGAUGAUCACCAGCUCCGUAAUUCCGUUGGGCAACAAAUACAGCCUAACCACAGCAGCUUACAAGAUCAAAAUAAAGUAGUGGUUGAUCAGAAUUUAAAUUUUGAUUCUCCAGAAACUAACAAUGAUUGCCGUAGUAUUAAAAAAGACCACCAACCUCAGAAUCAAUCGACAAAUGGUAUGAACAAUCGUAAUCGAAUUAAUCAAUUUAGUGACGUUCAAAAAAGAUUAAUGGUUUAUAGUCAUUCUCAGCAGCAUAAUUCUGAGAGUGCAACAAUGAAAAAUCAGUACCAUGGUAUGGGAAGCUUAAGAAAUAAUGACUCUGGCGAACCAAAGUUUAAUAAGGCUGACCAAAAUCAACUGAAUUGUGAUGGGAUACGAUAUCGUGAAAAUGAUAAUGAAGGACAAAAAAGUCAACGUCAACAUACAAGUACGAGUGUGCAAGAAUAUCUUCAAUCGAGGCGUGGCUAUGAUAGUAAUCAACAACAAAAUUACGGAAGUCAAAUAGACAAAUGCGAUGAUCAGCAGCUCCGUAAUUCCGUUGGUCAACAAAUACAGCCUAACCACAGCAGCCUACAAGAUCAAAUUAAAAUAGUGGCUGACCAGAAUCAACAACAAAGUUACGAAAGUCAACUAGAUAAAUGCGAUGAUCAGCAGUACUGUAAUUCCGUUGGUCAACAACAACAGCCUAACCACAGCAGCCUACAAGAUCAAAAUAAAGUAGUGGUUGAUCAGAAUUUGAAUCUUGAUUCUUCAGAAACUAAUAAUGAUUGCCGUAGUAUUAAAAAAGACCACCAACGUCAGAAUCAAUCGACAAAUGGUAUUAACAAUCGCAAUCGAAUUAAUCAAUUUAGUGACGUUCAAAACGGAUUAAUGGUUUGUAGUCAUUCUCAGCAGCAUAAUUCUGAGAGUGCAAUAAUGAAAAAUCAGUACCAUGGUAUGGAAAGCUUACGAAAUAAUGACUCUGGCGAACCAAAGUUUAAUAAGGGUGACCAAAAUCAACUGAAUUGCGGUGAGACACGAGAUCGUGAAAAUGAUAAUAAAGGACAAGAAAGUCAACGUCAACAUAAAGGUAUGGGUGUACAAGAAUCUCUUCAAUCAAGACAUGGCUAUGAUAGUAAUCAACAACAAAGUUACGGAAGUCAAGUAGACAAAUGCGAUGAUCAGCAGCACCGUAAUUCCGUUGGGCAACAACAACAGCCUAACCACAGCAGCCUACAAUAUCAAAUUAAAAUAGUGGCUGACCAGAAUCAACAACAAAGCUACGGAAGUCAGCUUGAUAAAUGCGACGAUCAGCAGCACCGUAAUUCCGUUGGGCAACAACAACAGCCUAACCGCAGCAGCCAACAAGAUCAAAAUAAAAUAGUGGUUGAUCAGAAUUUAAAUUUUGAUUCUCCAGAAACUAACAAUGAUUGCCGUAGUAUUAAAAAAGACCACCAACCUCAGAAUCAAUCGACAAAUGGUAUGAACAAUCGUAAUCGAAUUAAUCAAUUUAGUGACGUUCAAAAAAGAUUAAUGGUUUAUAGUCAUUCUCAGCAGCAUAAUUCUGAGAGUGCAAUAAUGAAAAAUCAGUACCAUGGUAUGGGAAGCUUAAGAAAUAAUGACUCUGGCGAACCAAAGUUUAAUAAGGCUGACCAAAAUCAACUGAAUUGUGAUGGGAUACGAUAUCGUGAAAAUGAUAAUGAAGGACAAAAAAGUCAACGUCAACAUACAAGUACGAGUGUGCAAGAAUAUCUUCAAUCAAGGCGUGGCUAUGAUAGUAAUCAACAACAAAAUUACGGAAGUCAAAUAGACAAAUGCGAUGAUCACCAGCACCGUAAUUCCGUUGGGCAACAACAACAGCCUAACCACAGCAGCCUACAAGAUCAAAUUAAAAUAGUGGCUAACCAGAAUUUAAAUUUUGAUUCUCCAGAAACUAACAAUGAUUGCCGUAGUAUUAAAAAAGACCACCAACCUCAGAAUCAAUCGACAAAUGGUAUGAACAAUCGUAAUCGAAUUAAUCAAUUUAGUGACGUUCAAAAAAGAUUAAUGGUUUAUAGUCAUUCUCAGCAGCAUAAUUCUGAGAGUGCAAUAAUGAAAAAUCAGUACCAUGGUAUGGGAAGCUUAAGAAAUAAUGACUCUGGCGAACCAAAGUUUAAUAAGGGUGACCAAAAUCAGAUGAAUUGCGGUGGGACACGAUAUCGUGAAAAUGAUAAUAAAGGACAAGAAAUUCAACGUCAACAUAAAGGUAUGGGUGUACAAGAAUAUCUUCAAUCAAGACGUGGCUAUGGUAGUAACCAACAACAAAAUUACGGAAGUCAACUAGAUAAAUGCGAUGAUCAGCAGUACUGUAAUUCCGUUGGGCAACAACAACAGCCUAACCACAGCAGCCUACAAGAUCAAAAUAAAAUAGUGGUUGAUCAGAAUUUGAAUCUUGAUUCUUCAGAAACUAAUAAUGAUUGCCGUAGUAUUAAAAAAGACCAUCAACGUCAGAAUCAAUCGACAAAUGGUAUGAACAAUCGCAAUCGAAUUAAUCAAUUUAGUGACGUUCAAAACGGAUUAAUGGUUUCUAGUCAUUCUCAGCAGUAUAAUUCUGAGAGUGCAACAAUGAAAAAUCAGUACCAUGGUAUGGGAAGCUUAAGAAAUAAUGACUCUGGCGAACCAAAGUUUAAUAAGGCUGACCAAAAUCAACUGAAUUGUGAUGGGAUACGAUAUCGUGAAAAUGAUAAUGAAGGACAAAAAAGUCAACGUCAACAUACAAGUACGAGUGUGCAAGAAUAUCUUCAAUCGAGGCGUGGCUAUGAUAGUAAUCAACAACAAAAUUACGGAAGUCAAAUAGACAAAUGCGAUGAUCAGCAGCUCCGUAAUUCCGUUGGUCAACAAAUACAGCCUAACCACAGCAGCCUACAAGAUCAAAUUAAAAUAGUGGCUGACCAGAAUCAACAACAAAGUUACGAAAGUCAACUAGAUAAAUGCGAUGAUCAGCAGUACUGUAAUUCCGUUGGUCAACAACAACAGCCUAACCACAGCAGCCUACAAGAUCAAAAUAAAGUAGUGGUUGAUCAGAAUUUGAAUCUUGAUUCUUCAGAAACUAAUAAUGAUUGCCGUAGUAUUAAAAAAGACCACCAACGUCAGAAUCAAUCGACAAAUGGUAUUAACAAUCGCAAUCGAAUUAAUCAAUUUAGUGACGUUCAAAACGGAUUAAUGGUUUGUAGUCAUUCUCAGCAGCAUAAUUCUGAGAGUGCAAUAAUGAAAAAUCAGUACCAUGGUAUGGAAAGCUUACGAAAUAAUGACUCUGGCGAACCAAAGUUUAAUAAGGGUGACCAAAAUCAACUGAAUUGCGGUGAGACACGAGAUCGUGAAAAUGAUAAUAAAGGACAAGAAAGUCAACGUCAACAUAAAGGUAUGGGUGUACAAGAAUCUCUUCAAUCAAGACAUGGCUAUGAUAGUAAUCAACAACAAAGUUACGGAAGUCAAGUAGACAAAUGCGAUGAUCAGCAGCACCGUAAUUCCGUUGGGCAACAACAACAGCCUAACCACAGCAGCCUACAAUAUCAAAUUAAAAUAGUGGCUGACCAGAAUCAACAACAAAGCUACGGAAGUCAGCUUGAUAAAUGCGACGAUCAGCAGCACCGUAAUUCCGUUGGGCAACAACAACAGCCUAACCGCAGCAGCCAACAAGAUCAAAAUAAAGUAGUGGUUAAUCAGAAUUUAAAUUUUGAUUCUCCAGAAACUAACAAUGAUUGCCGUAGUAUUAAAAAAGACCACCAACGUCAGAAUCAAUCGACAAAUGGUAUGAACAAUCGUAAUCGAAUUAAUCAAUUUAGUGACGUUCAAAAAAGAUUAAUGGUUUAUAGUCAUUCUCAGCAGCAUAAUUCUGAGAGUGCAACAAUGAAAAAUCAGUACCAUGGUAUGGGAAGCUUAAGAAAUAAUGACUCUGGCGAACCAAAGUUUAAUAAGGCUGACCAAAAUCAACUGAAUUGUGAUGGGAUACGAUAUCGUGAAAAUGAUAAUGAAGGACAAAAAAGUCAACGUCAACAUACAAGUACGAGUGUGCAAGAAUAUCUUCAAUCAAGGCGUGGCUAUGAUAGUAAUCAACAACAAAAUUACGGAAGUCAAAUAGACAAAUGCGAUGAUCACCAGCACCGUAAUUCCGUUGGGCAACAACAACAGCCUAACCACAGCAGCCUACAAGAUCAAAUUAAAAUAGUGGCUGACCAGAAUCAACAACAAAGCUACGGAAGUCAGCUUGAUAAAUGCGACGAUCAGCAGCACCGUAAUUCCGUUGGGCAACAACAACAGCCUAACCGCAGCAGCCAACAAGAUCAAAAUAAAGUAGUGGUUAAUCAGAAUUUAAAUUUUGAUUCUCCAGAAACUAACAAUGAUUGCCGUAGUAUUAAAAAAGACCACCAACCUCAGAAUCAAUCGACAAAUGGUAUUAACAAUCGUAAUCGAAUUAAUCAAUUUAGUGACGUUCAAAAAAGAUUAAUGGUUUAUAGUCAUUCUCAGCAGCAUAAUUCUGAGAGUGCAAUAAUGAAAAAUCAGUACCAUGGUAUGGGAAGCUUAAGAAAUAAUGACUCUGGCGAACCAAAGUUUAAUAAGGGUGGCCAAAAUGAGCUGAAUUGUAAUAGGACACAAUAUCGUGAAAAUGAUAAUGAAGGACAAAAAAGUCAACGUCAACAUAAAAGUAUGAGUGUGCAAGAAUAUCUUCAAUCAAGACGUGGCUAUGGUAGUAACCAACAACAAAGUUACGGAAGUCAAGUAGACAAAUGCGAUGAUCACCAGCUCCGUAAUUCCGUUGGGCAACAAAUACAGCCUAACCACAGCAGCCUACAAGAUCAAAAUAAAAUAGUGGUUGAUCAGAAUUUAAAUUUUGAUUCUCCAGAAACUAACAAUGAUUGCCGUAGUAUUAAAAAAGACCACCAACCUCAGAAUCAAUCGACAAAUGGUAUGAACAAUCGUAAUCGAAUUAAUCAAUUUAGUGACGUUCAAAAAAGAUUAAUGGUUUAUAGUCAUUCUCAGCAGCAUAAUUCUGAGAGUGCAACAAUGAAAAAUCAGUACCAUGGUAUGGGAAGCUUAAGAAAUAAUGACUCUGGCGAACCAAAGUUUAAUAAGGCUGACCAAAAUCAACUGAAUUGUGAUGGGAUACGAUAUCGUGAAAAUGAUAAUGAAGGACAAAAAAGUCAACGUCAACAUACAAGUACGAGUGUGCAAGAAUAUCUUCAAUCAAGGCGUGGCUAUGAUAGUAAUCAACAACAAAAUUACGGAAGUCAAAUAGACAAAUGCGAUGAUCACCAGCACCGUAAUUCCGUUGGGCAACAACAACAGCCUAACCACAGCAGCCUACAAGAUCAAAUUAAAAUAGUGGCUGACCAGAAUCAACAACAAAGCUACGGAAGUCAGCUUGAUAAAUGCGACGAUCAGCAGCACCGUAAUUCCGUUGGGCAACAACAACAGCCUAACCGCAGCAGCCAACAAGAUCAAAAUAAAGUAGUGGUUAAUCAGAAUUUAAAUUUUGAUUCUCCAGAAACUAACAAUGAUUGCCGUAGUAUUAAAAAAGACCACCAACCUCAGAAUCAAUCGACAAAUGGUAUUAACAAUCGUAAUCGAAUUAAUCAAUUUAGUGACGUUCAAAAAAGAUUAAUGGUUUAUAGUCAUUCUCAGCAGCAUAAUUCUGAGAGUGCAAUAAUGAAAAAUCAGUACCAUGGUAUGGGAAGCUUAAGAAAUAAUGACUCUGGCGAACCAAAGACAAAAAAGUCAACGUCAACAUAA